AUGGCUUCUCAAGCGGUGAAAUUCGCCUACAAUGGCACAAUUGCAUCGACUCUCCGUAAAUUCGCAUGGACCAACUUGUGGGGAGGAAGAGAAUACGGACUUCAAUUCCACGACACCUACUUCGAGCCAGCACCAGAAGUUACUGAAGCUCUUCGUCGUCUCAAUCUCCAGGAGCCACAUGUCUUCGAUCAGAGAAAGAUCCGUCUGUCACGUGCUCACACACUCGCUCUUCAUGGAGAGAAGCUUCCAAAGGCUGAGUGGACUCAAUGGAGUCAGGAAUCGUGGUACCUGAAGCCAUAUUUGGAUGAAAUCGAGGCUGAGAAGAAGGCUCGUGCUGAAUCAUCUGGACUCAUUCCACCAUACGAGAUGAAGCAACAUUAG